AUGGUUAGGACUAAAGGCUUAGGUCAUGCCUUAGAUAGGGUUAUUGGCAGAGCUCUAGGGAGAGAGGAUCGUCAUAAUUCAGAUGAUGCUCCCCAGCGGCGAAGGCCUACAGCAUCGGCCCGUAGGCAACGGGAAUCUGCCCCUAUUGCCGAGGAUAAGCCUGUGGUACCUGCGGACGAGCCUGUGGUAGGUACAUAUGAGAUUGUGGUAGUUGCGGACGUACAUGCACCUGGUGCAGAGGCUACUGCAAAUGAGCCUAAGGGAUUUCCAGGUGGACCGAGCGACCCAUCAGUGCUUACCGAGUAUGCUGAGCAUGAACGUCUUGAAUUGAAGUUAUCCUCCCAUGGGAGGAAGGUGCAGAAAUUAGGUAGGCUUGUUCCUGCAAUUGAGGGGCUAGUUGUUGGCACAGGACUAAGUCCUUUGAUCGUGUGUUCAAUAGACACUGGCAAUCGGGGACUUAUAUUCUCAUUUGUGGAGAGGUGGGACAGGGAGACUAGUAGUUUCCAUCUUCCCGUGGGGGAGGUUACCAUCACCCUGGACGACGUGGCAUCUCUUCUUCAUCUUCCCAUUGUUGGCACCUUCCAUACCUUUCAGCCUUUGCACGUCGACGAGGUGGUGUUGAUGUUGGUUGACUUACUAUUGGUCUCAAGAGAGGUAGCCAGGGUCGAGACAGCACAUUGUUGCACUCUUUUUGCUAAAAAGAGUGCAACUUAUGUUCAUGUUGUCUUCUUAGACACUCUGCAUGACCUCAGUCAGACUAGGAGGUAUGCAUGGGGAGCUGCUGCCCUAGUGCAUAUGUACGAUCACUUGAAUGGUGCUUGUAUUAGCAGCAGCCGACAGCUUGCUAGUUACAUCACCCUCUUACAAUGUUGGGUAUAUGAGCAUUUUCCAUCAGUUGCAGAGUGCAUCGCUGAUCCAGACUAUGACGAGGUGUCACUACAUGCAUGUCGGUGGAUUGCUACUAAGAAGACUGUGAAGAUCAUAUCUACAGAGACGUACAGUCAGCUCCACUGGGGGCCCAUUGCUGUCAGACACUGA